GGUUGAAGCGCAGAAUAUCACGUGAUUGGUGCUUAUUUCCGCCCCGGGUUUAGUGAACGUGUUUGAGUAGAGUUCCAGGCGCUGAUCAGUGCAGUAAACAUGAUCCUGUCCAGAACUGGAGCUUUAUUCUGCUUUACACUCAUCAUCCCUCUCACACUCUCUGUAGCUGCUCCGAGUUUUACAGUAGAUUAUAAAAACAACAGCUUCCUGAAGGAUGGAGAAUAUUUCCGCUACAUCUCCGGCAGUAUUCACUACAGCAGGAUCCCCAGGUCCUACUGGAAAGACCGGCUGUUGAAGAUGUACAUGGCGGGACUCAACGCCGUCCAGACGUACGUCCCCUGGAACUUCCACGAGCCCGUGCCAGGUGUGUACGACUUCAGCGGAGAUCGAGAUCUGGAAUAUUUCCUCCAGCUGUGUCAGGACGUCGGCCUGCUGGUCAUCCUGAGACCCGGACCCUACAUCUGUGCCGAGUGGGACAUGGGAGGCCUACCUGCUUGGUUACUGAAGAAGAAAGACAUUGUCCUUCGCUCGUCAGAUCCAGAUUAUUUAGCAGCUGUGGAUAAAUGGAUGGCGAAGUUGUUACCUAUGAUGAAGCCUUACCUUUAUCAGAACAGGGGACCGAUUAUUACAGUACAGGUGGAGAACGAGUACGGAAGUUACUUUGCGUGUGAUUUUGAUUACCUGCGUCACCUGCUGAAACUGUUCCGCUCUCACCUGGGGGGCGACGUGGUCCUGUUCAGCACCGACGGAGCCGGAGUCAAUUACCUGAAGUGUGGAGCGCUGCAGGGCGUCUACGCCACCGUCGACUUCGGGCCCGGUGGAAACGUGACUGCAGCUUUUGAAGCUCAGAGACACUCUGAACCUCACGGCCCGCUGGUGAAUUCGGAGUUUUACACCGGCUGGCUCGAUCACUGGGGAGAACAUCACUCUGUCGUUCAGACUGAAGCUGUGGUCAAAUCCCUUAACGAGAUCCUGGAACUCGGAGCAAACGUCAACCUGUACAUGUUUAUCGGAGGAACUAAUUUUGCCUAUUGGAAUGGUGCGAACACUCCGUACGCUCCCCAGCCCACCAGCUACGACUACGACGCUCCGCUGACGGAGGCCGGAGACCUGACGCAGAAAUACUUCGCCAUCCGUGACGUCAUUAAAAAGUAUAAGAAGAUACCAGAUGGCGUUUUGCCGCCGUCUACACCGAAGUUUGCGUACGGAGCCGUGCAGAUGAAGAAAUUGAGGACUGUAUCAGAAUCUCUGGACAUUCUCUCGAUGUCUGGUCCUGUAAAAUCUCUUUACCCGCUCACGUUUGUCGAGCUCAAUCAGCACUUCGGCUUUGUUCUGUAUCGGACGUCACUUCCUGUGGACUGUUUAAACCCGACUCCUCUCUCGUCUCCUCUAAACGGAGUUCACGACCGAGCGUACGUCUCCGUAGACCGACGGGCUGUAGGGAUUCUGGAGCGAGACAGGACUAUCAGUAUUAAUAUCACGGGGAAGGCCGGGAGCAGACUGGACCUGCUGGUGGAGAACAUGGGCCGAGUCAAUUACGGAAAAUACAUCAACGACUUCAAGGGUCUGGUGUCGAAUCUCACACUGGGAGCAGAAACUCUAAGGAACUGGACCGUGUUUAGUCUCAGUAUAGACGAGGUGGUGAAGGAGGGGCUGCUGUGGGACACGGUCUCUCUACAGGACAGUGACUCUGCCCACACUGCUACCCCGCCCACUUAUCUGUCCCCGCCCACAUUCUAUGGCGGUACGUUGGAGAUUCCUGAUCACAUCCCUGACCUGCCACAGGACACGUACAUCCAGUUCCCCGACUGGAGCAAGGGUCAGGUGUGGAUUAACGGCGUGAACGUGGGUCGUUAUUGGCCGUCUCGUGGUCCUCAGGUCACUCUGUUCGUUCCUGCGUCUCUCCUCAGCACCACGUCGCCCAAUAACAUCACAGUGCUGGAGCUGGAGGCGUGUCCCUGCACCCGGGGACAGUGUGUGGUCGAGUUCACACACACACCACUCAUCAACUCCACUGUCACACACAUCAAACCUUACACAAGGGAGAAAACACUGAACACGCUCUGAACGCACGCACGCACGCACACACGCACGCUCUUCACAUCAGCACUGUGACAGUAUUAAUGUCUGUACUUCUGAAGGACGUGUGUACGGAGUUAAAACGCUUCUGAUUCACUCUGGGAUUUUUUUAAUAAAACAUUUUGCACUUUUCUUAUUGCUGGAAUAAAAAUGUGAAAUAAUGUUAUACAAGUUUAAAAAUCUUUUAUAUCUUUAAUGGUUUUGGUCCUGUUUGUAAUUAUUUAUCUGAAAUGUUUACUGAGAGGAAAUCUUCCUAACUUGUAUUAAAUGAUUAAAUAAUGAAAUAAAUCUCAUUUUAAAAAAGCAAUUUCAAUCACAAGCUGCUUUCUAACUGAACCUGUUUCUAAUAAAUCUCACUGUUGGUUAAAA